AUGAAUGGGAAUGGUGAGCUGUUGCGUUUUCUAACUCUCCGUUCUUCAAGGCAUGAAGGAAAUUACUCCUGCAGGGCUACAAAUACGAUGGGCUCUUCGACUUCAAAACAAGCUUUUUUACAAGUUUAUAGAAGAAGAGGAGGUAAGUCAAGUGGAAGUGGAUUUUAAUUCAAAUAAUUAUGAAACUGACUAUGGAAAAUUUUAUUAGUUGCGUUCACGCGAAGUCCAUUUUGUGCUGUACAUCCCUCAAAGAAAAGUAUGAUCCUAUUCCUACAAGUUCAGAAUUUUUUUGUUUUUAAGUUAAACAGUUCGUCAAAAACAGUUGACUGGUCCAUGGAGUUGGGGGUCAAUGUUUUGUCCACCUGUGAUCAGGCGUUUGCGAAGAGAGAGACAUAAAAAGAGAAUCGACGCUAAAUGUUCUGUAUUCCACUGAAAAAAAUCCCACUGGAUUUUAGGGAUUUUCAUACAAGUGUAAAAAAUGUUUUUGUACUGUGAGCACUUACCUGUUAGUUUAAAACUGCCCAGUCUUCAAGAAAGAUCAAGCAAAUCUGGCCUGUAAACUUCCUUGUCCAAGAGUAGAUUUUUGGUGUUCUAUGAAAAUGGCAGUUUCUUGAAAUACCGCUGAUCGUUUUCUUCGUGGCGUUCGUGCGCUGAGCACACACAAGCAAUUUAGGAGACCACGUAUUAAAAAUAAAGAGCAAUUGCCGAUUUACAAGCCACCGCGAAGAAUUUUAACUUUUGGUCGGUUCCGACAAAUAAACUUUAGAUACUACUUGUUUAUUUCUAAUCUGUAAAAGUUACCUUUUUAAUCUAAUCCAAUAGCAACCAAAGAAUUCACUUCUUCUACAGACAUUUUUCUCAUUGUUUGUCGCAUAUAUUUCCAUCCUCUGUUUCGUGACUUUUCCACAGACGGUAUGUAAGUUACUUUCUGCGGGUUCAAUAUAGCUAUAGUGUUCUUAAAACUGCAUCAACUUGAUUUUUCUUUUCUUUCUUACAUUUCUCAGACUUUUGGAUUUUCUUAGUGUUUUUUUCUAUCUGCUUAAGUUUACGUUAGAGUCGGAUUUUGUUUGAUGAUAUGUGAUACAGAAAAACUUUUUCUCGACCAUUCUAGGGAGUAAGUUUUUUACGUGUUGCCUCUUUUAAUACGUGUCGAAUGAUGGAAAAAAAAAACGCCAGGUUUUUGUUAAAACCAUCACACGUUUUAGUCCAUUUCAAGAUCAGAUGAGCGCCCGAUUAAAUGAUGCUAUCUCAAGCCUGCUUUCUCCUAUUUUUUCAAAAACAAACAGUUUUGUUUUAGCUGUUUGCUUUCCCAGCCCACCAAGUUGGUGUCAAUUUAAGUACACAUCCAGAGUUCAAAAUAAUAAUACUAAAAAAGAGAGAAAGAGAAACGAACGAACUAACCAAUAAAAAGAAAUUAUACAACUCUACAUGCGGCUUGCUGCUCGUUUCGAUCCGUUUAGAGCACACUGCAGAGGUGUUGCUUGUUAUCAGGGAGAAGAAAGUUACAUUAAAUACAGGAUCAAUUACCUCAAACACAUUUUACCGUGUGCCUAACAGGAAACUGAUAAGUGCAGUCUUGUUUAAAGUUGCUUUGAUUUUAGUACAAAUAUUUGUGAAGACUGCACCGAUUGUUCCAUUGUUUCUGCUGUGGAGUGUUUUCGACCCCUAAAGAUUAAAGGUUAUUUUAGUGAUACUGCAAAGUAAGCAAAGAAGACAGUUCUUAGACUUCGCAUUUCAUUAAUUGUUUGUCAUUGUAAGAGAGAUGUGAUUUUUAAUGAGUGGCGCGCAUAGUAAAAUCAACAGAAAUGCACGCACCUUCGUAAGUGCAAAACCAGCUUAGAAGGCAUAAGUUCACCCCUUUAUUUAACCCUUAACACUAAUAUGAAAAUUAGAGAAAGACGUCUUCAAUUUCCUGUUGUAAAAACGAACAGCAAAGUGCAAACGUACUUCUCGAGAGGUUUCGUUUUAAUGGUAACACCAUAGGAUUUCAUCCACAGAAUGAAUAGUUGCAAAAAGAAUUUUUACCUCCACGCUGAAAUUUAGUUACACUGCUUAGAAGGGGUGUUUUUUUCCAGACGUAGUUUUUAAUAUGAAGUCGUUCGCGUUGCUGACAUUCGCGUACCCGUUGUCUUAAUUGCGUUCCUGUCUCAGGUAAACUUCAGUGGAAGUGUUUUCUGAGUGCGUUAUUGCAAAAUUUCUUUUCAUGCAGUAUUUAUUUUGUUUCUUAGCUACCGUGGAUCACACUUUUCUCCUAAUCUUUUGAGCCUCAUUUCAGACAGAUAUUGUUUGAAGAAAGUCCACCUCCCAAGAGAUAAGCUUCACUGUAUUGUGAAACUCUUACAAAUUCUACUCCGUGAUUUGUUUUACCCCUUCUGGCAUGACACAUCUACAUUAAAAACUUACUGUAAGAAAAUCUGUCAUUAGAAUUUUCGAGUCUGUGGAUGAAUUGCAAUAGCUUCUCUCAUGAAACAUCUUCCGGCAGAACUUUUGCAUGCGGCUAUCUAUUUCCAGCUCAGGGGCACCCAACGAGAAUAAGGUUCAAAACAACUUAAACAUAGCAUUAUUAAACGUAUUCUAGUACUUAAACGAUAGAUAUAGGAAUAUUUUUAUCCCCUAGCUGAAAGUCUAGUGAUCCGAAAAUUAUAGGCAUCAAAACUUACCUUUUCGAAAUUUUUAGCCAGAAAAAUGGCUAUCGAAAAUUCUAGGUGAUCUUUUCAGCGUAAAAUCCGUUAAAAAGGGCAGUUAUACCACGUUUUAGAUGUUCGAAAAUCCUAGGAGAGGCAGGCAAGCAAAUGUUCCGAAAAUUGUAGAUCUCAAAUCGUCUUCCGAACAGAUAUUUUCCGAAAAUUGACGUUGGGUGCCCCUGCCAGCUGGGAUACAUGUAUAACAAAAAGCACUUUUUAUGGAAUGUUUUGAUAUCAAAUAUUGGAUUCGUUUGCCUCGUUUUUUCUGUCUUUGAGCAAAGAAAACGAUAAAAAAGUUCUAGCGGAUAAAUGCGACAAUCAAUGCUGUAAAUGAAUAGACCCAAAAUACUCUAACGCUCUGCGGGGUGCUCUGGCGGUGGGGCGAAAAAUGGGGAGUACCAUAGCGCCCCAGAGAGCUUGAAAGCUGCUGCAUUUGAUUAAACGCAGUUUAAUUUGUAAUCAUGAAGAAUCCAAAAAGCCUUGUUCUCAUUAUUAUCUCAUUCUGUUAGCACCCUGGUGCGUUUAUUCACAGAUAUGAUGAGAUAAAUAUGCGCGCAUAACACGUGCUUCACGUGCUAUCCACCAGGCAGCACAUGCUUUGCAUUAGGCGUUGCUUCAGCUUGUAAUAAACGUGCUGUGGCAUCGAUUGAUGCACCUGCUGCGCGUGCCGUGAUGUAAAGAAAUGUAGCUUGUGCCAGGCUCUAAGAUACAACAGCAACCUCACAUACAUAUUUGACCCGCAAAGUAGCACACAUAGAAUAUUAAUUUAUAUUAUUUACAUAAAUAUAUACUAAAGUUAACAGAGGGUUGGAAACGAGAAAAAAAAAGAAGAAAAGAUUAUGAUUUUAUGUGAAACGGAAAUAGAUAUAACGCAGACUUCAAAGCUGUUUAAAUCUAGAGGUAAUAGUAAGCGUGUCAACAUAACCAUCCUCAAACAAUAGAAUAUCUAAAAGGUGUCGAUGAAUUGCCCCCUUAAAUUUAUGUUUUGAUACGCCUUACAAGCAAGAGAAAAUAGGACGCGCGUAAUCUGGGAAAGCGGGCUUGGGUUUCGCGUGCAGUAACUUCACAAAGAAAAAUAAGAGACUGCUCGCAGUCCAUAGAUAGGAGAGCGAUUGGAACGGGCGAGUCGCGCGCCGGAAUCAUCUUUCGUGUGGGGACGCCUCGGGGAAGGGGGAGGUGGGCAGUAUACCGCGCGUUCGUGUUUUCUUUGUGGAGGUUUCUAUCUAGGAUGUGAAGCUAACAUAACAACAUCAUAUGAAAAUUAACAGCUACACUAUACUUUACCUCGUAAAUAGUACUGCGUACCCUUUGGGGGUAGCGCAAAAGGUGAGCUGCGCACGGGACGGCCGAGCAAAAGAUGCAUUUUUCACGAUUCUUCGGUGUGAAUCUAUUACCGUUCAGAAUUCGUCCAAGGCUAACAUUUUGAUCUUUUUCUUGCAGCGUCCUCAAAUGUGCCGGAAGGAUUUCCAAAAGUAAAACGACAUCCAUCUCGUCAAGUAAAAUAUGUUGGAGGGAAGGCGGUGUUCAAUUGUACUGCGGACGGUGAUCCUGAUCCUGCCAUCACUUGGUUACGGGGAUAUGUCCCUCUAAAUUCCUCAGAUCCUAGAUACACAUCACCAAGUAGUGGAGUACUGGAGAUAAGUGAUCUUAAGUUGGAGGACACGGGGAAAAUCCAGUGUAUAGCUACAAACAGACUAGGAUGGUACUACUCUCGGAAGACCGAUCUAGUUGUCGAAGGUUUGUGUCGAUUCAUUAGAGUGGUUUAGCAACGACGAGAGGACAAAAACGAGAACGUCAGAAAAGCAAUAGGUUUAGGCUAUGCCCACAGGAAUUCGGACAUUUUGGAAACCGCAUAUUUUUUAUCUACAUUCAUGUGGACGGUGCCUUAAACCGCUCUGGAGAGCGGUUUCAAAUCAAUGCGAUUUCGGCGUCUGGAUUCGCUGGUUUCGUGUAGUCGGAAGGUUGACGGAAGGCCGAUUCGUGUAAAAAAAAGUAAAAGAAAUAUCCGGAUUUGUGUGGGCUGGGCCUUAGAUAAGCAAAACAACAACUUUGCACGUGCAGCGCACUUUUUGAUUCAUUUCUUUGUCUUCACUGCAUGACCACGUCCUUGUGUGGCGUUUUAUGCAGGACGUAAACACACGACGAAGAAUUUUUCUUUCUCUUUCUGAUCUGGGAUAGGGUCCCCGAUAAUCAACUCCGCGAAAAUUCACCUACAUUUAACAUGUUAAGCGAGAUGAAACAAAAGCGAAAUUGUCUGAAAAAAUUGCGAAUUCAUUUUUAACGCUAACGUUCUUUCUAUUAUUAUUCGUGCAUAAUAAAGGUCGCUGUCAAAAGAAGUGUUCAUGCUUUUCUUAAAUUGAACGUCAUUUUCCAAAGGAAGCAAUAGCUUAUCGACCACGUGAUCGUGCAUCACGUGAUCAUUACCAAACGCCGUAUACUGAUGGUAGACCCAGGGCCCCAUUCACCUAUAGGAUAAAGCUUUGCUGUUCCAUAACUCGUUAGAAGGAUUUACUUCAGGAUUGUAACAGUUAAAUCAAAAGUAAGACAUUCUACAGUUUGUCAGUAAAUUCCAUGUCCAUGUUAAGAUUUGUACAAUUUCUCCGUAUUCCUGUCGAAAAAUAAUAAUUAUGACUCAAGAAACUUGAUUUAUCGAGUUUAUUUUGUGACUAUAAGUAAUGAUGUUUCUUUCCCUUUAGUCAAAAAUGUUCCGCCAGUUAUUACCAAUCAUCCUCGACCAAUCACAAUCAAUCCCGACACAGACCUUUCUUUAUACUGCACGGCAAAAGGCUAUCCAAAACCGGACAUCAGUUGGCGACGCGAUGGCAAUUUCAUCCGGGAAGCACGCAGUAGCUACGGUGAGACGUUGUUUGUUCCAAAAGUCAAGACAUCUGGAAACUAUACUUGCAUAGCAUCGAACGACGCAGGAGAAGUGAAAUCUUCAGCGUACGUCACUGUUCGACGUAAGUUUUAAAAAGAGGAUAACGUCAUUAGUUAAGUGGUCAUACAAACAUCGAAAAAAUAAUAUUUCCCUAGUACUGCUCAAGAGUGGAGUGGAGGUUGUGUUUGAAUGGUCACACCACAGGGUUUCACCCACAGACUCAAACGUUAGAACCACCUUGUACAGCAGAAUAAACAGUGCCACAGGAAAGUACUGCUCAGUAGUUUUCAUUGGAAUUGUCAUACCUAAGGACUUCAUCCACAUAGUCAUAAGUUAGAAACAUCAUGUACAACAUAAUAAACAGUACCACAGGAAAGUACUGCUCAGUAGCUUUCAUUUGAAUGGUCACACUCCAGGAUUUCAUCCACAGACUCAAAAGUUAGAACCACCUUGAACAGCAUAAUAAACAGCACUACAGGAAAGCGCAUGUACUACUCAACGGUUUUCAUUUGAAUGGUCAAACUUUAGGAUUUCAUCCACACACUCAGAAGUUAGAAUUAAGCGAAAUGAACUUUAACUUUGAGCAAAGAAAGGUGCUAUGAAUUGUGAAAAUACUAAUGAAGAGGUUACAUUUGAAUUAUCGCACAUCUGAUUUCAUCCAGACCCAAAAGUCACAACUUUUUUCUACGUCUAAUGAGAAUCAAGGAAAUGAUGUAGUUACAGUGGAACCUCGAUUUAACGAAGAGCCAAGGGAUUGACAAAAUUUAUUCGCUAUAACGAGGUUUCGUUAUAGGCUAUAAAAGUUAUUUGCCUGUUUCAAACCAAUGAGGAUUAGUUUCGUAACAGCCAGAAAAAGCACACAAAGCUUUACAGAAUGCCAAAUUUUGGUGUUAAUCGAUAAAAAUGUUAAAGACGUUACAGCCAGUCAAAAACGUGAAAAUUCAUUUAUAGACACGUUAAGGAGUUUUAAUGGCCGUAUCUCGUUGAUGAUCGGCCCAGUUAAAUCCAAACUUGAGGAUUUUGUAAAGCUUGGUGAGUUCUUACUGACUUUUUAGGUGUUGUUUUGAUAAUCCAAUUCGCCAUUUAAGAAACGAGUGAAAAACUGGCCUGGUUACUUUUCGCCAAGACUUCCGCGACUGUUACUGAGAACAGCGAAAAAAUUGGCCAAUAGCGGACCGGCGCGUCCCCAUCGACAUCCCAGAAGUCUUUGCAAAAAUUAACUCGGCCGAUUUUCCUUCUCGUUUUAAAGUGGCGAAUCCCAUUAUGCAAACUCGUCCUAGUCCCUCUCGUUUUGAAACUAGGCAAUGAAAAAAUGAUUUGGGGGCCUUUUUUUUACAGCGAUACCAUUCCCUCCGACUGCACCUGCUGCUUCUGACGAGACACCUGAUCAGGCCACUGUGACAUGGCAGUCGGGUGGCGGACCUGCUGCAGACAACUUUACUCUUUAUUACCGAGCUAAGACUGUCAUUGAAUGGAACGUGCUCAAGGGAAUCAAAGAUCGUACAGUGACCUUGCAAGGUCUUAAGACUUACACGACAUAUCUUUGUCGUGUUUUCGCUGUGAACGGGGCAGGAAUAAGCAGGCCGAGUCCAUUGUCUGAGUUCACUACUGCUGAAAAAGGUGUUUAUUUUUUUUAUUUUAUCAAUAAUAUGAAUAUGAAAGUUAUUCAGCGGAUUAAACAGUAUAAAAAAGCUGUAUCAUAGCACGUCAUGGCGCAAGGGCUUGGUUUUAUCAAGCGAGUUGAUGAAGUGAAUAAACUAUUAUUUAAGAGGUGCAAAGCCUGACGUUCUCAGCCAUACCCAUUAUUAUUGCCAUUCUGUAAAGGCGACGCCAAUGAAAACGUCGCAGAAAAAUUGACUUGUUUUCGCAUCCUUUCAAACUUGUUUGCGAUUAUUCCAAGUCGCUCAGUUACUUAAAAGAAGGGAACAUUGGCUUAAGUAGAAGGAAUGGGACUGUGUCCUAACGAUGACGAUGACGAUGAUGAUGGUGGUGUUUGUUACGAUGCUGACAAGGAUGUGGAUGAUGGUAGUGAUGGCUCUAAUAAUAAUGCUAAUGAUAACGGUAAUGAUGAGAAUGGUAAUGAUGAUGAUGAUGAUGAUGAUGAUUAUGAUGAUGAAAAUUCUUCUCGUGUAACUUCACAGCUCUUUUUUUCUUACAGCUCCCGGAGGUCCCCCGCGAAAUAUCCGGGCCUGGGGCAUCUCCGAUACUUCAUUCGGAGCGUCAUGGCUGCCUCCUCUAGAGCUCAAUGGCAGGCUCGAAAUGUACCAUUUGAUCUACUCCACGGACCUUGAAAAAGACUACAGUCAGUGGCGAUUUAAACCUGAGGCUAGCAAUUAUACUGUCGUCGAAGGACUGAAACCAUUCACCACCUACUAUUUUAGAAUGGUGGCCUACACAAGAGUGGGUCGUGGCCCUCCCACGGAAAUGUUUGUGGUGAAAACCGGGAAAGGAGGUUAGUAUUAAGAGCGAAGGUAUCCUGCAACCUUAACGAAAUUCAUUCUCUGAUUCAAAAGAUACAAUGGACGGAAACCUGUAGCUUGACUAUCCAACUGAAACGUCUUUAACAAGACGUUUGCGGCCUAUUUUUGGUUUCAGGCUUUGUUUCGGAACUUUUUUGGAUUUUCAUUAAACAUUUGAAAAUCUUUUUUCUUUCUUUCUGCAGCUCCGGGUCCAGCUGAAAAUGUCGCUGUUACAGUGCUUUCACCAACUUCAAUACAAGUCACGUGGCAGCCCCCACACUACAAGGGGAGCGGCAUAUUUGGUUACAAGAUUCAUUAUAACAAGUCCUCUUCGGAAAUAGAUAAGACUAUUGACGUAAUGGACACUGUCUUAGGUUACGUGAUUAGAGAUCUCAGACCAAACAGGCAUUAUAAGGUCCAAGUUGCAGUCAAGUCAGACGUCCAUAUUGGGCCACUGUCGUUCGCCAAGGUCGUGCAAACAUUGGAAGCCGGUAAGUAUGCAGGGCAACAUUUCAAUGCCAUUUACCUGUCCCAUUUGUAUCGCAGUGCAAGCAUCCUUGUAUGUAUAAAUUAUAAACACCAAGUAGGAAUGUUUCGAUCGAUAUGCAGACUCCCGCCGUGUAUUUAACAACUGUGAUGUGUCCUGGUUAUAGGCGACAUACUGAUGGAGGGUAACCCUACGAUGGACUUCCAUCCCGUCCUGUGGGGAGUAGCAAUACCCCUAGGCAUGCUUCAUGCCAAGGCACCCGGUAUAAGCUCCGGCCGUUUGGGUCUUUGGCUUGCGUGCGCCUUUACCCCUAUUAUAUGUGACAGUCUGCUUACAAAAUAAAUCUCUCUUUCGAACGCUUGCUAAAACGUCUCGAACGAUAAAUAGGCUGAUUUAGCAACAGAACAGGAACGUCAGUUGACGACGGCGCGGACGACGGCGCGCGCAAAUCAAACAACUAGCUUGACCAAUGGCAGAGCGGUAAAUUGAUUACCGAAAGUCGUGUUUAGUCCUUUCCGCACGCUUUCCCGUCGUCAACUGACGUUCCCGUCCUGUUGCUAUAUCAGCCUUUUAAUUCUCUGAGAUCGUUAAAGGUCGUGAAAUUUAAAGGGUAUUUAAUGGUACUUGUAUGCGAUAUCCAAACGUCCUAAAUAAGUUUUCUUUUCUUGAAAAGUUUGAGAAAUUGUAUUUAACCAACAUUGCUUGUCAAUCUUUUUUUUUUUUCUAGCUCCAAGUGCCGCUCCCAUGAACAUUCAAGGUAAAGCUCUUUCGUCCACCAGCCUUCUUAUCAGCUGGGAUCCACCACCCCUGGACCAUCGCAAUGGACCAAUUACAAACUAUACAAUCAAGUACAGAAUAAAAGGAGAUCGCGCAAGGUACAAUCUACAGUGUCUACUGUUAACGCUUUCACUGCCAAAUGUGGCCAAAGGCAAAUUUCGACCAAAUUUCCAAAUUUCAUUUUCUAAAGUUUUGACAAACAAAUAGCAUAUGUAAGUACAGGUAGAGAGCUUUCAUUUGAAUGGUCACAUCAUAGGAUUUCGUCUGCAGACUCAAAAGUAAGACUCGUCUUACAAAACUCCAUCAAACACUCUGGCAGUGAAGGGGUUAAAGAGGCUAUGCUAUGUCACGGGGAUAUUGCUCUUUUUGGCCAAUUUCUGUGCUUAAGUCAGUACUUAAUGCCUUUUGCCAUACGCAAAAUGUUCCUCCAGAGUAGAGUUAUGAAGAAGAUAUUGAACAAAUUUCGUCAGUGAACACUUAUGAUGAUGAUUUUUUGGGGAUUUUUUCAGGCAUAGCGUUAAAACUUUUAAAAGUUGGCUCAAUUUUUUCAUGUUUCAAAUUCAAAAGGUGCGAAGACACGUUUUAGCUUUUUAAAAAGAUAGCAAAUAAGGUAAUCGCUAGCCAAAUAAGAACAAGCCUGCGAGUACAUCUGCCUCGCGAGAGAGACAUGUCCCCCCUCGCGGCUGCCGCAUUUGUAGGCUGGAUAAGAACUGGCCAUGGAGAUCUGCCUUAUUUUCCGCUUUACUAACGCCAUACAAGGUUGUUGUUAUUCUAACGAAGGAAUACCGCCCAGCAACUUCAAAACGCAACUGAAGGAAUUGCAAAUGUCAUUUAAAACCUUUUUUCAGUAACGUGGUGGUACUAACGGAUUUUCUCGCUAAACAUUGCUCGUUUUAUUCCUUCUUUUCUUCCAGUUUUGUGAGCGUUGACGGCGCUAAGACAUCAAUUCGUCUUCAUCACUUAAGAAAGUAUACUACUUACAUGCUGUGGGUUUCGGCAAGUACUUCCGUUGGAGAAGGGCCUAUGUCUGAGAAACACUCUUACACUACUGCGGAGGAUGGUAAGACUUCUUUUCCACUUUUUAACUCCUUUUUAAUUUUCGGAGGGGUGGGGUUGGGUGGGGAACAUGAAGAGGAUUGCUACCCUUAAAAAAACUAUUUGCUGUUUUCAGCGGAAAAGAGACAGUUACCCGGAGGGAAGGGGGGGGCGGUGGUGUGGGGGCUAGUCCUUAUAUAAUCCAUACAGGUACAUGUAUGUGCCACCCCCCACCCCAAAGGGUAUGGUUUUUGCGCCGUCUUAGUCUGAAAACAGGUCCAGACUUUGCCCAUUUUGGUCUGGAAUCGGGUAUGGUUUUCCUGGAAACUACGGGAGUGUAUGAACUUAUUUAUCGUUUCAAUUCCAAAUGAAUAAGAACUGAAGUGAUGAGAAAUAUUCGUCAACGUGGGUUUUAAGACAUCUUUGUUGUUGGCUUUCUAAUCUAAGUAAUGACAUUAUUUCUUAGAGGCCAGGUCUGAAAACGGGUCUGAAAAAUUACAUAUUUUGAUCUGAAAUAGGGUGAGGAUUGGGAGAACCGGGCGGCACACCCCCACCAAGAAUUCCCAGGUGUACCCCCCGGAGACAGUUAAUCUGUUUCGUACGUGUUUUCAGUGUAAGGUAUAAGGAGAGCAAGGCGCACUAGUUAUUUUGCAUCGCCUUUCUUAUAUUUGUGCUAAUUGCACCUUCAAAUGUCCAGUGGCACGUUCAACAUUAUUCUAGGAAUUUGCGUAGAAAAAUCUGUCUUGACUGCUCUUGAGACUCAAGUACAUUAUGCCAUGCCAACACGUAUCCUCCGAAUAACAAAAGUCCCUUGUCUUUGCUAAUUUGAUUAAGACGAAGUCGAUGGAUUACGUUUAGUAAAACUCAAGGACGCUGUUAACCUUGAACCCUCUCAAAAGUCAGUCUUUGAGAGACAAAAAACAGUUUUAACUAAGUCUGUUGUUGAAUUCCCUAUGGUGUUCCAUUCGAAACCAACCACUUCAGUUUUGGCUUCACUUGAUGCUAUUUCGUUUUUAAGUAUUUUUUAAAAAAGAAAUUUUUUUUACACAUUUACAUUUUUGUACGUGGGCAUUUUCUUGUAGACUUCCUUUUUAACAUUUAAGGAGUGAAAGAGUUUAGCGUCAUUGGUGUUCAGCAUUUUAUUUCUAAGUAUGCAAGUUGAGCUCAUUGCCCCAGCUGUUAAUUCAGAUUUUGUCUUUGGAGAAUUUUGGUUGUCUCGCCACACUUUUCCCGUUGAUGCCUCACGAGUCCUAUUUCAACUUUAUUUCUAGUAAACUUGCCAAGUCAAUUAAAGUCAAAAUAGGGGAAGUUAGAUUCUGUUAUUGGAAAUUAACUAAAGAGAUAGUCUGAGCAUUGUCCAAAAUGCAGUUGAUCUUGUCGAGGUUUUUUUACCUCAAAAUUCUUUUCAUCCUUUUAAGAACAUUCUGAGACGAGCCUGCGGAAGGAAGUUGAGAAAUUUAUCAAAAAACCACCACAGUUAAAUUUGUUGUGGUCAUGAAACCAAAACCUGUCUGUUUUAUUUUUCUCAUACUGUAGCCAGCUGGCCCCAAUUUCAUAAAAGGCGAAUGAUGCUAUCCAUUGGAUAAUCUCUAUCCUUUGGAUACACAAUUGUUUCCCUGAUACUUAACUGCUAGUCCGGCGGGACCGCUAGAAAGUGCAAUGGUUUAUCCCUUCCUCGUACCCAGAUGUCUCUCUUUCUCGAUGAAAAUUUGCACACAAAGAAAGGCGGGAAGGAGUAAACGGGCGAGACGUGCCUCACUGACCUCUCUUCUUUCUUCGUCCCAUGGUCCCUUGCGCUUUGUCACCAGUACCUUCCUUUCGCGUUCAUCUCUAAGUGAAAAUGAUGCGCCUGAGGUGAACACUAUCCUGAAGCAUUGCCGGAAUCUGAUCAUUUAUAAUCUGUUUCUUUCCAGUCCCCAGCGGUGCGCCGCGUCAGCCAAGUGCCAGAGUCGUAAAUUCUUCUGCAAUUGUUGUCCGCUGGUCUCCCCCAUUGCAGAAGGAUCAGGCUGGCCGUCUCGAAGGUUACGUGGUAUAUUAUCUGAAGGUCGACGACCUUGGUAACCAGCUUUACCCGCGUCCUGAUUUACAAAUCGCUCACACGGCGAGGGGUGACUUGGUAUGAUUGUUAAUGUUAUUAUACAUUGUGCGUACUGUCCGUCUUCUCAUUUAUUAAGAACUAAACUGCGAAAGAGUCGGGUUUUUGUUCAAAAAUGUUUUUCAAGCCGGUCGUCCCGCAUGACUGAAUUUUCGCGUGAAGCGCGCGACUUUUACAAGCCCUAUAAGCUUGUGAGGCGCGAAAAAAACCGCGUCUCUCUCCAGUUUCACUGACUUUUUUUCACCCUCGCUCCAGGAUGUUUGUUUGACCACUCCUGCUUCGUUGACCGACGAAAAAAUACGGGCUGUUUUGCAGUCUAGUUAAGGGGCUACUGUUAAGUUUGGAAAUCAGAGCCUCUCUCAGAUAAGGUAGUUAUCUGCUAUCUGCUAGUUAGUAUUCCUUUCUAGGUUUUGCGCUCACUGCAUGAUUUCUAAUAAUAUUGACAAGCUGUAACUGUGUUCCGUGGGACGGUAUUCCGGAUAUCCAAAAAUCUCAUCCCAUAAUUGUUCACAAUCAAUUCCAUUUAGAUUCGCAUAUUUUGUUCAGUGCGCUGUUGUGUUUUCCACGUGAUCUGAUUCCAGACUCUUCACUUUAUCAACAGUCUGUGUCAUUACACUCAUCUUUUCGAUCAUUCGAAAUGCCCAUGCUUUGACUGGACGUCCGUGGCGUGGCUUUCUUAUUGAUUCUUUUAUUUAACUUUUUUUUCAUUGCGCUUAUUUCAUUAACGAUUUUCUUGUAUCCACUGUACAGGCGAUAGUACUGACUGGUCUCCAACCAGAUCAAACUUACCAGAUCCGAGUAGCAGCGUUGACAAGAAAAGGAGACGGACCACAAAGUAAUCCCGUACUUGCCAAAACAAAGCCUAAACUUCCAAACCCGCCACACAUGUAUAAUAUGCCCUCCUCUUCCCCCUCGGAGGUGAUCAUACGCUGGAAGACUGUGGCUAGAGAUAUUUUGUCGUUUAAGCUGCGAUACGCCAAGUCAUUACGGCGAAUGCGCGCUGGAGAUCAAGCUAAUUUGAAGAUGAAAGAAAUGACUUUUCUUGCUCGCACAAGUAACCACAUAUUCAAGGGAUUAGGUGAGUUUUACAUGUUUAGUCUUAAGAGUCUUAAGUUACUCACCGUUUUCCAAAAGAUAUUUUCAUUAUUUUGAGUAUCUUUUAACGGGGCUAUGUCAUGCUAUUUGCUAAAUUUUUUAAAACUUAACCCUUUAAGUCCCAAUAUCAACAUACAAAUUCUCCAAACUGGUCUCCAUACAUUUCCUUUAAGAAUUGGUUGAGAGAAUUUAAUAUAAGAUCAAGGCAUUUUCUCUUUGGUAAUCUUUGCUAAUUCUCAUAACCUUAUCUCUUGGCAAUGUAAGUGGAUUGUUAGGAGAAAAUUGUUGUUGGUCACUAUUGGGACUUCAAGGGUUAAACGUGUCUUUGCAUCAACUGAAUUCCAAAAUUAAUGGUCCAGGUUGUUUAUUCAGGGGCGGAUCCAGGGGGGGGGUGCAGGGGGGUGCCCCCCCCAAGAUGACCUGUGGUUUUCUGAUACAACUGGUAUUCUGCAAAAAAAAAAACUGUGUGGUUUAUUGGUGUUGAAGUACAGCAAGAGACGAGUGCACCCCCUCCUAAAAAAAAUCCUGGAUCCGCCCCUGUUAUUAGAGACUUUUAGAUUUGAAGACGAGGUCGACCACGAGUACGAGAUUUGACUUAAAGUUAUUUGCGUAUUUUCAAAAUAUAGACUCCCCGGAAAGCUUCAUUUUACCAUUUUUCACUAGAAACGUUAGCAUUGUUAUCUUUAGUGAAGAAGGUUACGCGCUUUCCCGAUCGAAAAAUGAUAAAACUUCUAACAUUUCAUAAGUUGUUCCCGCCACUACGACAUUCGCGCUGAAACUCGUAGCAGAAUGACGACGGCUGCCACAUUUUCCCGCCAAAAUGACGCUGGUUCACGCGCAAGCACUACUUAGUAUUGAGAAAAUCUCGUACUCGUAGUCGUACUCGUCUUACAAUCUAAAGGUCUCUCUAUUAGACUUUAUUUAGGCAUCGAAACUGUUUUCUGUCGUCUGUUGCAACGGUUUCCAACGAUGGACCGUGGAUUGAAACUUGAAAAAGUUGGGCCAAGUUUUUCAAUUUUAAUGCUAUGCCCAUUGUGAGAAUUGUUACAAUAAUCACCUCUGGAAAAAUGCAUUUAUCUUUUAUCAAAUUCUCUUUACUUAUUCUUUUUGGAAAUGUAUAAGAAAAUUUGUAUGUGGAUAUUGAGGGUUAAAGGAUUAAAGGGCUGUGUCACGGAUGUCUGGUUCAUUUGUUGAUAUUACCAAUGGCGCGUCCUUAUUCGCAAUGGAAGUAAAUUUAGCAAAGUAGUUUUAAGGGUAGUUUCCACUGUCACGCAAUUUAUACGUGCUUACGCGUGUAGAAUUUACGUGCGUAAAUAAAAUAGAAGCGAUGUGCGAGAGGCUGCGUGUUAACGUUAAGGUUGAGCGGGGUUCAACUUUCUUUCUUUUACUCUUUGUGUCUGUGAAAGACAAGUGCUUCUGUCUAAAGGCGUAAAAACUAUUUUCCAGAUCCUGGCGUUUGGUACCUGUUCAAAGUAUCCACGGAAACUAAAGUCGGCUGGUCUCCAGAAAGAUCUCUAUGGGUCCAAAUCCCGCCAGGACCCCCCUCCGGUCCUCCCCUUGAAGUACGAGCUUCUGCCCAGUCAUCGACAAGAGUUCGGGUCACGUGGAAGGAACCUGACGAGUGGAAGAGAAACGGACCCCUUGCUGGUUACUCCGUCGUUUACAAUCCCCUCAAUCGUAGAGUGAAAGCCUUGGUGAAAAAUAUCACAAACCCAAAUCAUACACGCACGACGUUAACGGACUUAAAGAUGUUUACAGAUUAUGAGAUUCGCGUUCGAGCCCUCGGAGUCAAGGGCCCUGGUCCUUUGAGCCGGUCUGUUGUAAUCAAGACCAAAGAAGGGUGUAAGUAUGGGAUCAAUGGAGAUGUCUGGGUGAAAUGACCACCUACCCCUCCCUUAAGUCAACAUUAACACUCAGUUCUCACUUAGAGCAAAAUUGUGACUUAGGGGAGUGGUAGGUGGUUAGUUACCCAAGUAUCUUGUAUGCUUAAUGAGAAAUGUCCUGUAGCGUCUUUGAUAUGAUUCGUUUCUUUUCCUUUUCCUUUUCUAAUACAGACGUCUUUUUUGAUGUCCCGUAAAUUGCAGGUGAUUUUAUUAGCGCCACUGUUUCUGUUGAGUAUUUGUUAAAAGUAGACGUAAACUUAGGGCGUAAUUGUAACAAAAGGCGGUUUAAUGUAAGCUCACGACAGUCACGUGACAUGUCACACAUCUCAUUUCGGUGUCAUGCAGAAAAGGUUGCGUGACAUCGGACUGACGAUUGUGAAGCUGGCUCCCUUCUUUCUAAAAAAAUGCAAGCCGUAACGCUGCCUGUAUUCCUUUCAGUGCCCGGUCCGCCCCGUGAUCUUGCUGCUGAAGGCCGUAGCACCGACUCUUUGACUGUCUCAUGGAAUUCGCCCAAGUUUCCCAAUGGUAGAGUACUGGGUUACUACGUUGUGUACUCCGACGAUCAAAGCCUUCCAGUUUCACAGUGGAGUGGCACAGAACCUUCUGGCUCUAGUGUCAAAAUAAAGGCCCUUGAACGCGACAAGACCUACUGGAUUCGCGUGGCUGCUCGAACUUCCAAGGGCCAAGGCAAUUAUUCACUACCAGUCUCAGCAAAGACCCUUAAAUAUGACUGUAAGUAAACAACCCGGGGGUACUCCGGGGAAAUCUUGGAGGGGGUGUGCCGCCCGUGUUUUAAAUCCUGACCUUAUUUCAGAGCAAAACAUGUCAUUUUCCAAACCCGUUAUCAGACCUGACCUCUAAGAAAUUAUGUCAUCAUUACUAAGUUUACAACGCCAACAAAAAGCUUUCUUAAAAUUCUAUCUCGAAUUUGUGUAUUACUCUUUAUUUCUUAUUCAUUUGGGAUUGAAACAACAAAUACUUUUAUACACUCCGGUAGUUCCCUCAAAAACCACACCAGAUUCCAGACGAAAAUGAGCAAAGUUUACAACCUUUUUCACACAGAAAUGGCACAAAAACCAUAUCCUUUGGGGCGGCACAUACCCUAUAUGGCUUACAUAAGUGAGUACCCCUCGGGGUCAAAAUUUCACUUUAUUUGAGAGUUCUGUAGCGUUUAACUUACAUUUUGAGACUUCCAAAACUUUUAGGCGCAGUGUUGGUAGCACUCGCCUGUCACCAAUGUGGCCUGGUUUCGAGUCCCAGAGUCAUUUUGCAAAGAGUAUUACCUCUGCUGUCAUCAGUCGGUUAAUGAUCUUAUGCCUGAUUUUCUUUUUAGUACCCGAAUCUGUCCGUGAACUCAACGUCGAUUCUGCUGAUAGUGAUAAGGUCACCAUUAAUUGGCAACCACCAGAGACAGACGCAGGAAUAACAAAGUACAAGGUAAUGCAUUCAAUACAACCAAUCAUAGAACGCUUUCACGUAACUAGGGCCAAACACCGGAAACGCGUACGAACAAUAAAUUCAAGACAGGUUCUGAUUUUAAUUCCGUUUGGUUUAGAAAGUGUGGCGUGAUUUUUUUAGGCCAAUGACAAAGCGGAAACAAGCAAAGCAGCAGUAUCGCGAAAUUUUUUAGAUACCUUACUCAUAAUAACAAUUUACACUAGAAAGAUCUUUAACAUGAAACUACGGCUGAAAGGCAUUGUGAACCUUAAAACAAUAAGGAUUUUAUCCAGACUCAAAAAUCCACGUUGUAAAGCCUAAUAAACUAGCACACAUACAGAAAAUUACCCCCCCCUCCCGCCUCCCGCGCGCUUUCACUUGAUUGGUAACACCACAGGAGUACAUCCACAGACCCAAAAAUUAGACCGGUCUUGUAGAGGAUAACUAACGCAGAAACAAAGAAACUUAAUGGUAUUAAACAUUUUACCUUUUAUUUCCUAGCAACAGUUGUCCUAUAGCAAGACCUGUUUUUGUGAUUAUUUGCAGAUUUUGUAUUCCGGCUCGAAAUCCUACAAAGAUCAAGGAGAACUCAAGAAGCUCUCGCACAUUAACAAUAUCUCAGUAGACGCCUUAUCGCCUGGCGUCCAGUCCUACACACUGCAAGAUCUUGUUCCUCACACGAGUUACAAAAUAGAGUUGUCGGCUCUUAACUCCAUGGGAGAAGGACCUAGCAUAAAGAUGAAUGUCAAAACAGAUAAGGGAAAGCCACCACCUCUGCAAAGACCCGUCAUUGUCGAAGACGAUCUCUCGGAUGAGUUCAUCCCCAUAGAGCUGGAGAUUGCCUCAGAGAAAAACGGCCCGAUCAGGUAACUUGAUAGAUUCUUGCGUUCAUUUUUUUUAAACAACUUUAUCAUUAAAUGUAGGUUAGCUGCCUGAAGUAUCGAGAGGCUUCCACUUUCGGCAGGCAGCCCCUAAAUUGAGGCUGGCACAGAAGCGCAACGCAGCUAAGAGCCCCCCACACAAAGGGAAACGAACAGGCACCCGUCACACUGAAAAAAAUCAGUGCCUGGGUUUGGGGAAGGAAGGGGGGGCGGAUGGGAACAAAAAAAUGGCUGGAAGAACCUCGAGGCGUGGACAUCAUAGAACGAAGGGAGUUCUAUACGCAAAUGAAUCAUAUGAUCUAUGUAGGGAGGAUGAAAGGGGAAUACGUAAGAAGAGAAGUGCCAAUACUAACUCUUUUCAAACCCUUAUUCAAUUCACCAGUCUCCUCUCUCUUUCUGAAAAGCAGAGGCGAGAAGAUGGGAACUGGUGUCGUCUUUCCAGGAUCCUGUCAUGUUUAUGCCUUUAAAGUAGACGUUCCUAGGGGGCAGAGCCAAAAGAAAGUCAAGUCAUAUUCAUGACCAUUCUCCCUCCCUGGUCUUGCAGUGUUAUAAUUCUUUCGUGCCAAAGAAUAUUGCAGUUCAAAGCAUGAAAUCGAUCCUUCUUAGUAAACAGCUUUUGUUCUUGUGCAACGUGGUAAAAACAAGUCCAGAAACGAAAUAUAAUAUUUCAAGGGAAAAAAAAUCUUCACUGCUUUUCUUUAGACUCCCUUCUCUUUGAAGGAACGCACCGAUAAAUAUUACCUCCUAUUUUACACCUUGUGUUCUUCUACACACAGUUACUACAUAGUGAUCGUGGUACCGCUGGGCAACAGUAAUAAACUUCCAACAGACAAGACACCUGACGACUUUUUCAAUGAAGUCAGACGCCGGCGAGAGCUUCAAAGUGGUGCCGAGGCUCCAUACAUCGCCGCCAAAUUUGGUCCGUCUGAGUUGCCGAAGAGAUUUAACGUGGGGGAUAAGAACUUUAAGAACCGUUAUGGAUAUUACAACAAGGAGCUCACCAAAGGCUCUUACUAUACUAUGUUUGAGAGAGCUUAUGUCAAAAAUAACAAAGGGGUAGGUAGACUGUACGUUCGCCAGUCUCCUUUGGGAUUAUGCGUUUCUGAGAAACUGCCAACCUACCCCUCCCCUAAGCCAAAAUUUUGCCGUUUCGGGUCUUCUUGUCCUAUUAUAUUACAAGUAGGGUAAAGAGGGAGGACUCGCCUUCCCCCAUUUUGGUUUGGUUUCUGGUUCCGGAGGUCACAGAAAAUGUGGUGUGCGUUUGAUGCUGUUUCUCUUCCUUUCUCGGAGAAGUUUUUCCAGACACUUUAGUUUUCUCCUUUCAAACACUCCGAAAUUUCAAUUCGCGAAUAUUGCCAACGAGUUCUUGAGAGCUACUUGGGGCCUCUUUACAUGGAGGUGGGCGACCCCGGGUAGGUGAGGUAGUCCGCGGCGGGUCACCCCACCUAUCAUUUAAACGUGAUCAAAUUAAAAUGAGAGAUUAUAUGGACAGGCGGUUUACCCUAACUAAACGGGUUUCUUCACCUACCUGGGGUCCCCCACCUCCAUAUAAACAGGCCCUAAGUGUCUCAAGGGUAAACAAAUAACAUAUAUUGAUAUCAUUGCAUCACGUGGCAUUUACUUUAUGUUACAUUAUUACUUUUCAUUACAUCACGUUACUAUUUUACGUUACGCUACGUUACAUUAUGGAUUCAACUGCGCCUGCCAUUGAGGCAAACAGAUAACAUUACACUGCACCACGCCCCAUCCCACGCACUCCAUUCCAUUCCGUUUAAUACGUCAUGUUACAUUACGUUACGCUACGUUACGUUUUUCGAUCCACUCGCGUAUGCCUUUGAUUCUGUAACAUAUUGCAGCGUAUGUGUGUCACGCAUACUUGUAAAGUAGUCUUUACUAAGAAAAGCGCAUUUUACAGCAUUUUGAUUUUUUUCCUCUCUGUUUUAUAGGAUGACUUGUAUACUUCAAGUCCCUUCGUGACGCCUGUGAAAUUUGGUGAGAAUUGUUCAUUGAAAUUGAUCAUUAAGCAACUAUUUGGCGAUGAAACGUCGCGUGUAGAAAAGAAGCUUCUAAUACUUUGAUUAAUCUGUUGCAAUAAUUUCUGACAAAGCACUGUCUGCUUUCUCUUUAAAAUUUUAUUGGGAAGCAGCAAAUUUACAAUAAUCUAGCGUCUCCACUUGUUCAAUUUUUAUAAUCAUGAAAGGUUUUCAAGAGAGUGCGCUAUGUGAGAAGUGUAAGCUAGAGGAGAGUUUGAUAGUUUGCUGUCUUACGAAAGUCGUUUUAGUUUAAUAGCUUAACUGUAAAAAAGGACAAUGUCAGUACCAAGUAAUGUAGUCUGAUCCAGACUCCCAGAUAGCAGUGCAGUAAAAGUGUUGCGAAAAACGCGCGAGGACUGGGGAGAGAGCGAGGGCGCCAUCUUGGGCGUCUUAUUUCUGCUUGUCCAGUUUUAUUUUCACUUUGUCCCUAGCUCAUCCUCGGAGACCCAGGGGCAGAUAGUGGGGACGAGGGAAAGUCUAAACGGGCGGAAAAAUAUGACACGAAGAAAAGUAAAGAACGGCGAGAAGAGCCCCUGGGGACAAUGUCUUACCAGACCAGUUCCAACGGUCGCCGCCGUUCUGGCUUCUGAUUGGUGCCAGAAAAACACAAGUUUUCUGGCACCAAUCAGAAGCCAGAAUGGCGGCGACCGUUGGAACUGGUCUGGUAAGACAUAGUCCCCAGGGGCUCUUCUCGCCGUUCUUUACUUUUCUUCGUGCCAUAUUUUUCCGCCCGUUUAGACUUUCCCUCGCCCCCUUUAUCUGCCCCUGGGUCUCCGAGGAUGUCCCUAGCUACUAUUUAAGAGCCUGGCACAGGCUAUAACUAUAGUAUUAUUGCCCAAUACCAGGAGAACAAGCUGGAGGUGGAGGGAACCCGGCGGCUAGAAAAGAACCCGAACCACAUACUGGAGGAGGAUUUAACCUGAUUUUUGUCAUCAUACCUGUCGUGGCAGCCUUUGUGAUUACGGCUAUCGUGGUUUUUGUUGUUGUAUAUUGUAGAAGGUAAUGUUUCUGAUCGAUUGAUUGAUUGAUUGAUUGAACGAUCCAUUCAUUCAUUCAUUCAUUCAUUCUUUCAUUUAUUCAUCAAUCCAUUCAUUCAUUUAUUCAAUUAUCUUUUAAUGAUGACGACAGGCAGCCAAAUAACACAAUGAGAGAGUUCUUGUUAAGGAAUGUAUCACUGCUUCUAGUCGGUUUAUCUUCAAAAUCAUCUAUCUGUUGUAGCUCCAAGAUCGCGGGACUAGAAAAUGUGGAAAACGAGAAUUAAGUUGGUUUUUUUGCCCCGUCCCAAUUUCCACUCCUUUAAAGCCCCGAUUUCUACGAAAGCGCUCAAGGGGAUUAAUUACGCUAUAACUCUCGAUAACUCUGUUAAAGGACAUAUAGAGUUUUCAGCAGUUCUCAGAUUCUUCGGUUUUGAAACGGCGACGCACUGAUAGAUUUGUGAAUUUUGCUUUCAAUUUUAGAAAAAGACGAGAUAAUAAUAAAACGAAGAAGAACGUGGACGAAGAGAAAUCAGAACCUUCCGACCCUGUGGAAUUAAAGAGAAUGACUUUCUCAACUCCAGGUACUUGAAUGAAUAAACAUACGCAUUAUCCACGGACACUUUCUAUGGUGCUGAUCGGGAGAAUUGUGAAACAAGUCCUUUUUUCACUUACUGAUGAUUUCCUUGUUUCUCACGACCUCUGUGUUUGAUCAAGCAGUGUUACUGUAAGGAAAAAUUAACUGUUGGUCAGUCUUAUUGGAAUGAAAGAGUUGAUACGUUUCGUGAUUGCCUGCAAUUUCGCGCCAAAAAAAGCCACUUGUCACCAGCCAUCUUGCAUUUUCCUGCGCUUAACAGUGCUAUAAGCUAAGAGGCACCCUUAACGUUUGAAUCCCAUCAUUUUCAGAGCUGUGUGAAUGGUAAAUCCAACCAAACAUCUAUUUUUCCACUUACAGGCAUGAAAGACCAUCCACCAAUACCCGUAGCUGACCUCCAGGAGCGAAUUGACGAGUUAAAGGCUGAUCACAAUAACAAAUUCUCUCAGGAAUACGAGGUAUAUAUCAAGCUAUUUGACGACUAAGUGCUCUUCAACUGCACAGGUCAUAACGAAGCUCAAUUUUUCUUUUUCAGUCUAUCGAGCCUGGAGAGACUUUCACGUCUGAGGCCUCUCUUCAGGAAUACAACAGACCCAAGAACCGAUAUUCCAACAUUCUCGCAUGUAAGUGGAUAUUUUUAUAAACUGCAAGACUCUCUAAAUAGACCAAUGAAGACUUGCUUGAGUCACGAUUGGUUGUACGACGUAUUUCUAGGCGAAAUGUUAGUCGCUACUGAUUGGCCGAUGGCUGAGUUAUUGUCUGUCGGACCGCCAGACCGAAUACUAAGACGUCUGUCUGACAGACAGCUUAAUCCUCUCACUUACUAACUGAUGGACUGUUUAGCAUCCUAAGUAAUCUUAACAACAGACAACAUCUCUCUCCAACGAUCUGAUGAGCUCUCUAACUUGCUUAUCUCGUGAGAACCCGUGGCUUACAAUGCUUUAUUUAAAAUUCCCUGACUGCGAAGUACUUGGACGAACGGGGAUCUCUAAACGGUGAUUCAAAUAGCAGGAUAAUUGUACUAUUUUUUAGACCUCUCGCUUUUUUUCUUUAGUUGACCAUUCUCGUGUACGCUUGGCAACCAUUGAUGGCAUCCCAGGAACGGAUUAUAUUAACGCUAAUUAUUGUGACGUAAGUAAAUCAAUGGAAAAAAGCUUGUCAGUUGCAAUAUCUUAACAAAGUUAUAUUUCCAGACCAUGCAUGUAGAAUUAUUUUCGAUGUUCUAACUCUUAAUCCCAUAUUGUUGUUUCUUUACUGUAGGGUUAUCGAAAGGAAAACGCUUACAUCGCGACCCAAGGUAAUUUAACCCGUUACAAUGUGUCUUAAACAUUUCCCCUCAAGUUAUGUAUUGAACACAUGUAGUUCACUCGAAACUGUUGAGCCUCUGAACAAAAUCCUACAGUGGUAAAUCUCUUUAAACAGACUGAAAUACGGCGGUAUUAAAGUAUUUUGAAUUUACACAAUUAAGUGUGGCGAACAUCUGUUGACCAAAUAUAUUAUGCACUAUUUCUGCUUAGGCCCGCUUGAGGAAACGAUAGAAGAUUUUUGGCGAAUGAUCUGGGAAUUGAAAACUUUUACAAUUGUCAUGCUUACAGAUCUAGAGGAAAGAGGAAGGGUAAGAUUGAAUGGCUAUCGCUGUUUGCCUCUUUAAUAAUUAUAAUAAUAGUUUUCUUUCUUAUAACGCGCAAAUUCGCAUAUUUGUAUGAUCAAAUGCGCGUUACAGAGAUAUAAAAAAUACAUAUGAUAAAAGAAAAAUUAAGUAAAACUAAUCUAGAAAUAUUAAGACUUUCUAAAAACUAUCUAAAAGAAAUUUAAAAUAUUAAAACCAUCGAAAAAACUAUUCAAAAUACAUAGGCUGAUAUAAACAAAAAAGUCUAUUAAGAAGGCUUUAAAAUGGGUAAAAAUCUUUUCGUGUCUCAGGCGACGGGGAAGGGCAUUAAAAGGAGAUGGCGCGAUCACUGCAAAUGACCUGUCACCCUGUGUUUUAUUUUUGAUACCCCCAAAGUGAUAUUUCCUUAUUGCAAAUUGAAGACAAUGGCAAAAAGUGUCAUGCGUCUACCAGAUGGACUGCACUCUUAAGUGAAAGGCAUAAAAAGUGUUGACCUUAUUCCUGUCAACAUUUCAGGUAAAAUGUGAACAAUAUUGGCCCAACGAAGGUACAGAAUUAUACGGUGAUAUUGAGGUCGCAGUUACGGACUGGGUAGAAUUCGCUAACUACUCCAUAACAACUCUUGAAGUAUGCAAGGUAAGCUGCUUUUGAUUAGCAAAUAAAUGUAUCGGAAUGACAGCUUCUUUUUGGCCCCUCUCUUUGCGUAGUUCAGUGGCUCAGUGGUUUACGGUCAUCUCGCCACCAAGAGGUCUACUCGUCACCACAAAGUAACUCUGCAAUAAUUGACACAGUUAAUUACCUAUAGGAAUUUUUAUUUAUUAUUAGUUAAGGAUCCUUAAAAAUCUGGCAUAUAUCUCGUGUAUAUAUCAGAAAAUCGUUUUCUGUUGCCUUAAUAUAUUUCUUGGUGGCAUUUUCGUCGUUGACGAGGUUACCGGAUACCCGCACAGUGCCACCUGCUGCCAUGAUGCCGAAGGUGGAGACCACGAAUUGGACAAUAAACGCGUGCUGAAAUUUCGUCAUAUAAAUGGUUAAGAGUGCAAAGCAAUGUCAAGACUUUUUAUCAUCGCAGUGGCGAUACACUCAUUCUAACAUCUCAAAAUGGUUCUUAAAUUAUUCAACAGGAAGGCGCCCCACAGCCUAGAGAAGUCAAGCACUUUCAGUUCACUGGCUGGCCUGAUCAUGGGGUCCCUCCCCACCCUACACCCUUCCUAGCCUUCCUCAGGAGAGUGCGCUUCUACAAUCCUACUGAUGCAGGUCCUAUCGUGGUACACUGUAGGUAAGGAUCCGAGGGAACAUAUCGGGGGUGGGGGGGAGUACUGCCUAUAAUGACCUACACACGGAGGCUCUGCCCGAAAUGGUACCAUUUUUAAGCUUCAGGUAUAUGAAAGGGUAGGAAUUUCACAAGUUGAAGUAUAUGAAAGGGUAGGGAAAUCUAUUAUUUUGUUUCGUAAAAAGGGCCAAAAAGGCUCAUUUUAACAGUACAUUUACAGCAGUUUAAAGGGAUGUAGCGGGUCUGCAAUAAGUUUUUCGGGAUGCGGGAUUUCCCUUAUUUGAGGCUCGGGAUUCGGGAUUUUUAAGCGAAAUCGGGGCGAGAUUGUGGAUUGAAAGUAUGCGCGGGAGGCGGGGUGCCAGAAAUAACCCUCGGGAUUACGGGAUUGCCGGAAAUUUUGGGUCGGGGUUACGGGAUUGAAAAACCCUAUUGGGGACCCGCGCCUAGGUAUGUGAAAGAGGUACCUCUUCUGUCAAAAAUGGUAUAUAAAAGGGUAAGAGGUCGGACCUCGGGGCAGAGCCUCCCCGUAUAAAGCUUUGUUGAGUACCCCUCCCCCCCCCCCUACCAUGGGGGUUGAGAUUUUGUUCAUAUCGUUUGGAUCUACCUAUAAGUACUAAAUAUUCCAAGCACUCGCUUUUGUUAUCAUUUCCGCCCUUCAGAUUAAAUUUUUAUCAUUAACAAAGCGUCUUUUUUUUCCUAGUGGCGGUGUUGGUCGCACAGCGUGUUUCAUCGUUAUCGACUCCAUGUUGGAGAGAGUUAAGCAUGAGAAUACAGUAGACAUCUAUGGACACGUGACUGUGUUAAGAACGCAACGUAACUUCAUGGUACAAACAGGGGUAAGUGCCAAUUGUACGAUGUCAGUAUAACUGGCCGAAGAUUAAUCGACCGAAAGAAUUACAGCAAGGCCGAGUUACAACAGAAGCUCGGAUCCCACUCGAAGGACUGGGGUGUAUACUUUUUGAGAACACGCGAAAAAACUUACAGUCAACUCUCGUUCUGGGAUCUUAAGGUCUCUAUUGUCGUCCUUAAUCACAUUCCUUAUGUAAAUAUUCAUUUUUUUUCUGUUUGUUUUGUUAACAUCAGGAGCAAUACGUAUUCAUUCACGACGCCCUUCUUGAAGCUGUUACCUGUGGUAACACAGAAGUACACGCAAGAAACCUUCUACAUCACAUAAAAAAGCUGCGAGAGCGAAAUGAACAAGGAAUUUUAGGUCUCGCCGAGGAGUUCAGAAAGCUUAGCAACCCACACCAAGCCCGCCGGUUGAAGCAGGGCACGGGAAGUCUGCCAAUGAACCGAUCAAAGAACAGGCUGGCUAAUAUUCUGCCAUGUAAGAAUCUCUGAGUGCAAUAAAGUGCAACAUUAACUUACUUAGGGAAGGUUCUAGUGGGAUAUGGGGGUGGGGUGGGGGAAGGUCUUAGUUUCCUUGCACCAUCCCUCCCAUACCCUUUCUUACCCCACGUUUGUCUUCUCCUGAGUAACAACCUUUAUAUAUCAGGUAAAUCCCCGCCCCUGCCCUCCCCCCAAUCAAAAUUUUAGAAACUUUCCCUUCUCGCCUAUAGAAGAUGUCUUGUUGCUUUGUUCUGCCCUUCUUGAAUUGUCAUCCAACAUUUUGAUUUCACAGCCAUGUUGAUUAUGGACAACUGUUUCACUCAUAUUUACUGUGUUCCUCUACUUUCCUCCUCUAGACGAAUCAACGAGAGUCCAGUUAUUAUCCGCACGCGGAAUUGAAGGUUCCGAUUACAUCAAUGCCAGUUUUAUUGAUGUAAGUACACCAAGAUCAAUGUUGUAACCACCUAGACCAAUAUUGUAAACACCUAGACCAAUGUUGUAACCACCUAGACCAAUAUUGUAACAACCUAGACCAGUGUUGUAAUUACGAAAGUCCUUAUAUGCCUGUUGGAUGCGUUGCUGGUUCUUAAUCUUACUUCGUUUUCUUUCCUUCAGGGCUAUCGCCAGCGCCUUGCUUACAUUGCUACUCAGGGGCCUCUAGAAGAAACAGUAGACGAUUUCUGGAGAAUGUUGAUGGAGCAUAACUCCAACAUCGUUGUUAUGUUGACUCAACUUAAGGAAGGAGACCGGGUAAGUGUAAUAAUCAAAUGAAACAACUAAUUGUCCUGUAUGUGGCAUCGCAAAAAAAUCUCUCUUUUUUACACCUGAAUCAUAUCUGCCUACAGGUAAGCUCUUUUCGCAGAUACUAAGCCUCCAACCAUAAGAUGUUAGUUUACUUGCAAGCUUAAUUUUAUUCAUUAGCGCAAAGUUACCGUUACAUUCAUUUCGUAUUUUGAAAGAGUGCCUGAACCUUGUACCUUCCUGAUUGACCUUGACGCCUUCAUCCUUCAUAGUGACGUUAAUUUUUCAUUUACGUUUUUGCUUUUAGGAACGCUGCUACAAGUACUGGCCUACCGACAGAUCAGCCAAACAUCAGUAUUUUAUAGUCGAUCCUGUUUCGGAACAAGAAUUUCCAACAUUUGUAAUCAGAGACUUCAAAGUCAAAGAUGCUAUGGUAGGUGAAUUUAUUGACGUAGAACGUUUACAGGAGGGAAAGUGAAACGUGAAAAUUAAAUCGUUUUUAUCGAUACGUGCUAAAUAUCGCAUAUCAGUAAGUCUACGAAGAUUUAAAGUCACUGACAGUGGUCAGUGUAACCCCAUGUCGAAUUUUCAACUUAAACCUUGAUCCAGCUCGAAGGACCACUGAUUCCUCCAGAUACCAAUGAUGUUCUUUCGUUUUGUUCUGUUUGUUAGAAUGGUACAGUUCGAAACAUCAAACAGUUCCAUUUCUUCGGCUGGACUGACAGCGGCGUUGCAAACAGCGGGGAGGGAAUAUUAGAUUUGAUCGGCCAAGUGCAAAGAGCUUACGAACAGCAAGAUGAGGAGGGUCCAAUCACGGUACAUUGCAGGUAUGUCCCUAAAAUAACGAAGCCAGACACUAAUUAGCCUCACACGCAGUCGUUCCUAGGACUUGGUCACGCGUUCCUGCCGUCGUGGGGUAGGACGCGUGGCUAAACCUAAGAACGUCUGCGUGGGAGGCUGGACACUGAUGAAAAUGCAAGAAACUUGCGUUUUCUUAUAGUUUUGAGCAAGCAAAGACUUCUAAUGUAACUCACCUUUCUCUCUUUCGUGAUUCGCUCUUCCUGCUGAGCAAACGGCCUGGCUAUACAGUGAUAUACGACACUUCUUAGACGUCUAACUGUUUUCGAACAUGCAUGACAUGCUGCAACACUUGAAUAUACUGUUUAGUAGCUCUUAAAAACCAACCUUCAAAAGUCAAAUGCUAAAGCAAGGACCUUCUUGACUCUGGGAAAUUUUCGGUAGCCUUUGUAAACGAACCUAACAGGAAAUGCAGUAGUCAAAUUGCAAAUCUUGAAAGUCUUUGUUUUCAUUGAUUUACCCCUUGAUUAUAUUUUAGUGAUGGCGUUGGGAGAACAGGGGUAUUCAUCGCCCUGUGCAUUGUGCUAGAACGCAUGCGUUCUGAAGGAGUAGUAGAUUUGUUCCAGACCGUCAAACUUCUUAGAACACAGAGACCAAGCAUGGUGCAAAAUCAGGUAUGUCUGCUUUGGCGGUACGUCGUAUUUUGUUCGUUAACGUAAGCAUAGAACUAUUUCAGUUCAGUCGCAAAAGAAAUUUCGCGAUAAUUGGCAAACAGAAUUUUGCGCCAAUCUCUCAAACAAUCGCGAGCUAAAGCCUAUUGUGACUGUGUGAUCUUCCCACGCCUUAAGGGUUCACUACAAGUGUUCGCCUCAACAUCUGACUUGCUCGUUGGAUCGACUGCCUGAAGCGACUACUUUUAUAGUUUAGGAUUUUGUUACACCCCGUUGCUUUGCAUACGGGGAAGUUUUAUCCCUCUGUGAUUUCAGUCUCUAAACUGCGAAACUUACAAAUUUUUGAUAGUUAUCUCUUUUUCUUUCCUUUUUCUCUCCAGGAUCAAUAUUUAUUCUGCUAUCAAAAGGCUCUGGAAUACCUCAGUUCGUUCGACCAUUACGCAGUGUGAGGAGCCUUCAUAAUCACGAAAACCAAAAUUUAUAGCGUCGAAAAAUGUGUGGGUUCGAUAUAAAUCACUUUGCAUAACGAGUGUGCCCAUGACUUUGCUCACUUUAUUUAUUGGCUGUACCAUUCGUGAGAAGGAAAUUCUAGUAACGGCUGCCCUUGCCAGUAUUGGCCAUCGUUGGCAGACCAUGGUGUGGUCCAGUGCAGUGAAUCACUUGGCUACGAAAGACUUCAGUGGACAACUGAAAAUUCGUGGCAGAUUUCAGGCCAGGGGCCUCCAGUAGAAAUUAUUUAUUGCUAGCAUGUAAAUGACUGGCUCAGAAUUAUAUACAGACAUUUUGGCUCUUGUUGGAGAAAUGCAAUGCAAAAAGGUUAGAUAAACAAGCCGAUUUAUACAUUAGCCGAAAUAUGGCGUGAAAUAAUAUUGCGUGGGAUAGAAGAUAUUUACACAGGUGUUUUGAUUUUUUGUAAAAGAAGUGCACAGGUAAAUAGGUGGAAAGUAGGGAAAUAGAGUAACUCGUUAGCCUGAGAAAACAACCGACAUUUGGCAACACCACUGGUUUCCCCGCGAAAUGGCACCCGUGAAGAAAUUCACGCAGAAAUUCCAUACUGAUGACACGUCACUACCCAGAUCUGGGUAAUGCUUCUGAUUGGUUGUGCCGUGAGGGAAAUUUACUUCAACCAAUCGUCAUCAGUAUGGAAUUUCUGAGCUCGUUUCUCAGACGUCUUUUCGCUGGGAAACCAGUGGGGGCGUCGCCAAAUGUCGGCUGUUUUCUCAGGCUAAGUAAUUCGUCUACCAAAGUAUGGCGUAUGGUAUAUUUUUGCGUGGGAUAAGAGAGUAAUAUCAAACCUCAUUGCGUCAUAUGAGACGAGAUCUUUGAGAGAUUUUAAGUCACGUUUACGGCGAACUGUGAAAGUCAGAUUCAGUUGAGAAUUUCUCAAAAAAGUAAAUGAGCAGAUAAAAACAGUCCAAGACAGUUCUGAUGGAUAAAACUAGUGAAUCUACUCAUUUUUGUGUCGAAGUACUAAGCAGUAAAAGAAAAAUGUAAGGAAGACUUGGUCACGUGGUACAAAAUUCACGUUUACCGUAAACUUGACUGCAAAUCUCUCUGUUAAGAAUACAACCACUUUGAAUGUUAAGAUUUCUUCCAAAAUUGUUGCGCCUUCGUUUUGAACGAGGCGAAAGAUUUUCCGAGGAGUUUGACAUUCACACUUUGGCAACAGCAUGAUCUUAGCUGGAGAAAAUGUGAUCGUUUUUCCCAAAAAAAAAACGGAAAGGAAAAAAGAAAAAAGAACCGAAUAACCUUUUACAGAACUGCCGUUUUAAACGCAAAUCGUGAAAGAGUGUUUCCGGGGAUUAUCAGUAAUUUUUAUUUUUUCCUCGGCAGUAACUUUUACGUAGUUAACUAGCAAAGGAAGUGUCUGGCAGAUACAUCUCCAUAGAAUAAGGGGAUCGAUUGCUUUAGCAUGUGCUAUAAAACUUUGCCGGUAAUUUGUCUGUCAGAUUCUAUAAAGGGAUUUGAUUCUUUUAAAAUUUUUAGUUUAAGAUUCUUAACGUUUGAUACCAGUAUGUUUUGGUAACAAAUUUUACCUUAUGUUUUUUGGGCGUUUUACUUAACGUACUUUUAGAAAGGGCUUAGAGCGGUGUUGAAUUGAGUGUCUAAUCUUCAAUCAAAUUGUAACGCAAAUUCUUGUUGCCGUCGCCGAGUGCGAGAAAACCAUUUAUAUAACUUCUGAUUCGUUGAUAAUGUGACACGAGAACCAAUCAGGAACGUAGAAAUGCUAAACUACAGUUAUCGGGAGAGAACUUCUGGAACACAACUCAAUCUAACUCAAUACUGCUUUAGACAGUCAAUUAUAGAGUGUAUCACUCUGCUCAAUAACUUCCGUGGCCUCAAGAGGUCCACAUUCAUGCGUGAUAAUGCUUCAAGACAAAACCAAGCCUUUCAUAUUCAAACAUCCACCUUUGAUUUUGGAAGUCGGUGAUGCAGGUUUCGUUUCUGACGACACGACCGUUGCCGAUUGCCGAUUUAUCGAAGUUGUUUCGGUGAAACAGCGAACUGCUGGGUAGUUAACGAGUUUAAAAUGGUUCUACAACGGCAAAGAAAAGCUACCUGGAUCACUGCACAACCUUUAAUGGCUUCAGAAAAAUGACCUUGCAAGCACCUUUAAAAUUCGAAAUUAAAGGAGCUACUCAAUUAUGGUAGCAGGUCUCCUCACAAAACGAUGUAUAAAGGUGCUUUUCAGAUCAUCAUGAGAUGACAUUGAAUUUUAUCCUCAUUUGUAGAAUUAAAUUGAAAUUUAUAGUUGACAGAUGUAUUAUACCGUAUCGUUUUUCAUGUACAUAUGAUUUAUAGAUGAAAAGAUUGAACUAUAUUUUUAUAAUAAUUAAUCAUUAUAUAUGUAAAUGUGCUUGUGAAUUUGUUUUUUAGCAUUACAGACAUCAAAUUCAGGAAC